UGUGGACCGUCUCUAUGACUCGUAUGUCGCCACCGACCGACGCCGCCGUCAUCGUGUAGUCUCGCGUACUUGUGACUUGUGUGUAUCGUGUACGUGAAUUUCGUGUAAGUCCGAAUCGUCCACGACACGCACACACACACACACACACACACACACUAGUAUACUACAUCCACAUACACUCAGACGUUACACCGCUACGAUUCGACUCUGAUUUAUUUUUCUCGCUUACGGCGUUUCCGGCCGGUUGUAUAGUUUCUUUUUCAGUGUGUCCGGCGGUCCGUCGUCGCGUUUUAACCGAAUUCGUAACCAUCCGACGAUCAUUGUCGUCAUUAUUAUGCGUUCGGCUUUUAUCCGACAAAACCUACAGGAUCGUGACGCAUGACUACAGCCGGCGGACGUCGUUCUGCUAGAAAACCGACCAACCACUACCACCAUCACUAGCUCGUCGAUUUAUCGUCAUUUUUCAGUUUACACGUCUUAAUACCUUUAUUUCAUACAUAUCGUUAAUUUUGCCACCUCUGCUACAACUACUAUCACGACUUCGUUGGGCUACUUACUAUUGUCAGUUUACCAUUAUUAUAGAGUACUACAUAUUGUAAGAUUAUCGUUACUGUCACAGAAACUAGAAUCUAUGUACAUUUUUCUUAUUGGAACUACGGUUUAGUCGCUGAUCAUCACCUAAUCACUUUGUAAUAUAUAUUACUACUUCAUACCUACAGCGGCAGCAUUCUACCUACAACGCGGCGUCAGUUGCAGAUCUACCUCGUUUUGUCGUCCACGUGAACAGAAUAAUGGCCGAAGAUCGAGAGUCCAGUGAUCGAAAACAUGAAAAAUCAAAGAAGCGCGAUAGGGAACAUGAAAAAAAUGGUGUUAAAAAAGAAAUUAAGCGAGAAUACAAAGAUGAGCCCUAUGAUUCAGGUUAUCAUUCCCAGAUUAAAAGAGAUUACAAAUUAAACCAUAGUAUUAAGGAAGAAAAUUUUUCUGAUGAUGAUGGUGACUUUAAUAUGUCCAGUCAUAAGAGGAAACAAAGUGAUGAUGAUUUUUCUAUAAAGGAAGAAAUACAAUCUGAUGAUGACAUACCUUUAUCAAAUAGAAAACGUAAACAUUCUGGCAGUAGUGAAGAUGACGUCCCUCUGAGCGCUCGAACAAAGCAUAUUAAAAAAGAACAUAACAGCAGUCAUAAAAAACAUAAAAAAGAUAAAGAACAUAAGAGUAAGCACAAAGAAAAAGAUAGAAAUCAUUCAUCUAAAGAUUCUAAGCAUAAAGUAAAAAAAGAAAAUAAUACAUCUCAAAAAGAAAGUCCUGUUAAAGGUACCCCUAAAAAAAAAAAAGAAGAAGAACCACAAGAAGUAUGGAAGUGGUGGGAAGAAGAAAAAAAAGAUGAUGGUGUUAAAUGGAAGUUUUUAGAACAUAAAGGACCAGUUUUUGCUCCCGCAUAUGAACCUUUACCGAGCAAUGUUAAAUUUUAUUAUAAUGGUAAACAUGUAGUUCUUUCAGAAUUGGCUGAAGAAGUAGCAACAUUUUAUGCCAAAAUGCUUGACCACGAUUAUACAACUAAAGAAAUUUUUAAUAAGAACUUUUUCAAAGACUGGCGCAAAACUAUGACACCAAAAGAAAAGGAGUUAAUAACUGAUCUCUCAUUAUGUAACUUUAAAGAGAUGAGUGUAUAUUUUACUAAAAAGUCAGAAGAACGUAAAGCUAUGAGUAAAGAAGAAAAAAAGAAAAUAAAAGAAGAAAAUGAAGCUUUGCAAAAAGAGUAUGGGUUUUGUACUAUUGAUGGUCACAAAGAAAAGAUAGGUAAUUUCAAAAUUGAACCACCUGGUUUAUUUAGAGGACGAGGUGAACAUCCUAAAAUGGGUAUGUUGAAAAAACGGGUAGUACCUGAGGAUGUCCUAAUUAAUUGUAGCAAAGAUUCUAAUAUACCAAAACCUCCACCUGGUCACAAAUGGAAAGAAGUGAGACAUGAUUUUGGUGUUACAUGGCUUGCUAGCUGGAUAGAAAACGUUCAAGGGCAAGUUAAAUAUGUUAUGUUAAAUCCAUCUUCUAAACUUAAAGGGGAGAAGGAUUGGCAAAAGUAUGAAACUGCUAGAAGAUUGGCAAAAUCUAUUGAUAAGAUAAGAGAAAAUUAUAUUAACGAUUGGAAAUCUCGUGAAAUGCAUGUUAGACAAAGAUCAGUUGCUUUGUAUUUCAUUGAUAAAUUAGCAUUGAGAGCAGGAAAUGAAAAAGAUGAAGAUCAAGCUGAUACUGUAGGCUGUUGUUCUUUACGUGUAGAACACAUACAAUUACAUGAAGAAUUUAAUAACCAAGAAUAUGUAGUUGUGUUUGAUUUCCUUGGUAAAGAUUCUAUAAGAUAUUACAAUGAAGUACCUGUAGAAAAAAGAGUUUUCAAAAACUUGAAAAUAUUUAUGGAAAAUAAAAAAGGUAGUGAUGAUUUAUUUGAUCGUUUGAACACAUCAAUAUUGAAUCAACAUUUGCAUGAACUUAUGGAUGGACUUACUGCGAAAGUUUUUCGUACAUUCAAUGCUUCAUGGACACUUCAACAACAACUAGAAAAAUUAACUGAUCCAAAUGUGUCAGUAGCAGAGAAAAUCUUACAAUAUAAUCGAGCUAAUCGUGCAGUUGCUAUUUUGUGUAACCAUCAACGCGCUGUACCAAAAACACACGAAAAGUCAAUGGGAAACCUGAAGGAAAAAAUUCAAGCAAAAAGAGCGGCAGUAAAAGAAGCUAAAGAUCAAUAUAAACAAGCCAAACGAGAUGUGAAAGACGGAAGUGUGCAUUCCAAGACCCAGUUAGAAAAGAGAAAAAAAGCUUUAGAACGAUUAAAAGAACAAUUGACUAAAUUAGAAGUUCAAGAAACUGACAAGGAAGAAAACAAGACAAUUGCUUUGGGUACGUCUAAAUUAAAUUAUUUGGAUCCGCGUAUAUCAGUAGCUUGGUGCAAAAAGUACAACGUUCCUAUUGAGAAGAUAUACAAUAAAACACAAAGAGACAAGUUUAGAUGGGCCAUUGACAUGGCUGGACCAGAUUACAUAUUUUAAAUUUGAAUGAUUCAAAAUAAUCCAAAUUCAAUAUCAUCGAUUUAAAACCAAUUUUAUAUUGUUAAUCCUCUUUUUUUUUUUUACUUAAUUUACCUGGUGGAACAGUGUUUUUACAAUAACUAUUGGUACAAAUCGGUUUUUAUUCAUGGUAUCAUCAUUGAAAAUUGAUUUUUGUGAAACAUUAAAAAUGUAAUAAAAAAACCUUUAUAUUGUAUUCUUUUUUACAAUUAUCCAUAGAUUUUUUCCUUUUGUAUUGUAGUAUCUGUCUUAGAACCAAAAUAUAUAAGUUUGUAAGCAUGUUUAUUGUAUGCUAGACCUUAAUUUUUUUUUUUACUUUAUACUACUGAUUGUAAAUUGUGAUAAUGCUCUCGUAAUAUGAUUAAUAGUAUUUUGUAUAAAAUAGAAAACAAAUUAAAACUUAUUUUGAUGUAUUUUCAAGUAAUAAUGACUU